GCAGGUCGUCUCAUAUGAACUUAGAGGUUUGGUUAGUCAAAAUGUAAAGAACCUGUUAGGUUAAUAAUGUUACACUAGUGUUGAGUGGUCCAACUCUAAGACUUUUAUGUUUGAAAAGAAGAAACAAUGAAAUCGCUUCUGAAGUUGGUUAUUGGGGUCAGAAGAUUUGCCUUUGAGAAACAAAACAACAGUCCGUCUCUUCAGUACAUGGGGAAACCGUCUUUAACCAGAUUCUACUGAACUCCCGGGGACUGAAUGUUUUGAGAUGCUUCAGCAACAACAUGACUUCAUCUCCUUACUUCCAACACGGGAACAGCGGACGCCCAAUGUCGCCCCGUUCCAUCAUCAUCACACACCGCCAUCAUCUUCUUCAUCCCCAUGUCCCUUCUCUUUCCUUCCACAACCUUCAAGUUUCCUCCCUCUUCUCAGACUGCAUGGAAAUGGUCUCCUGAGGAUCCUCCUCACCCUUCUUACGGCUCUGUGCAUACUGCCCUGCCAAGCGCAUGCAGUCUUGUUUCGGGCUGGCGUGGUUGGACCGUGGGGUUGCGACCGGCUCUUUGCCAAGGCACUUCCAAAUGUUGCGGCUCAGCUGGCGGUGAAUCGCAUCAACAGAGACCCCUCGCUGUCCUACGCUGCUACGUUUGGCUAUGCUGUGCUGCAGGAGCCUUGUGAAACAUCCAGGGCACUGGAGGCAUUUGUGGGUUUCCACACAAAGGCGUCUGGUUACAUUGGACCGGUCAACCCGGGAUACUGUGAUGCUGCUUCGAUGCUGAGCAAAGGCUGGAACAAAGCAAUAUUUCCUUGGGCUUGUGUUGGCUAUGAGUUAGAUGAUGUCCGUAGCCAUCCGACGUUUGCCCGAUCUAUGGCGAGACCCACCGCAGUGCUGCACAGUGUCAUGACCUACUUCAGGUGGGCUCACAUUGGCAUCAUCUCUUCUUCCGAUGACAUCUGGGUGAAUACAGCAACCAAGGUGGCGGACUCUUUAAGGAGCCAUGGGAUGAACGUCAGAUUUGUCAGUUUUAUGGAAAACACACCUCAUGGCAUUAGGCGAACCUUGGCCAAAGUCCGCAAGAUGAAGGAAAUACGAGCUGUGAUCCUCUGCAUGCACUCGGUUCUCAUCGGCGGUUUGGCCCAGAAGCUCCUCUUAGAAACAGCCUACGACAUGCAGAUGAUCGACGGCUCCUUCGUGUUUGUACCUUAUGACACUUUGCUCUACAGCCUGCCAUACGUCAAUGCAACCUACCCUACCGUGAAGAACAACAGCAAACUGCUGCGGGCCUACGAUGCCAUGUUGACUAUCACCAUCGACUCCCCCCAGGCGUCAUUCUAUGACGCCUACAGAGAAGCUAUGGAGAGAGGAGAGGUGGCAAGAACGCUGAAACCCCAACAGGUGUCCCCUCUGUUUGGAACCAUCUACGACUCUAUUCUGUUCAUGGCUCAUGCAGUGCAUCGCGUUCGUCAGUCCAGGGUAUGGAUGUCUGGAGGAAACCUGGCACAACAUAUACGCAAUUUGGAUUUCCAGGGCUUUAGCCACCGUAUCAAAACCAGCAGCUCUGGAGCUGUUCAGCUGGACUACCUCAUCUUGGACACAGAUGGAUUGAGCUUGAAUCUCGUGCCAACAUACAAGAUCGACAUGGAGAUCAGCAUGGUUCGCUUCCUGGGGCGAGACAUUCACUUCCCACAAGGCUAUGGGCCCAGGAGGGACGCUGCCUGCUGGUUUACACCCGGGGUCACCUGCUCAGGAGGAGUGGAUCUGCUAUUGACUUUCAGCAUGUUCUUUGGUUCUAUUGCUGCUUCUGUCUUCGCUGUGGCUCUCCUGUACUGCAUCAAGCGACGCGUCAAUCAGAUUCGAAUGGUCAGAGGUCCCAACAAGAUCCUGCUUACUCUCCAAGACGUCACAUUUAUUAACCCGUCACUUAGCAACAAGAAGCUGAGCCUAGAUGACAGCAGGACUAGCGGUGGCCGGAGCACGUCUGAACGCAGCCUCAACACGCCCGCCUCCUCCCAGUCUCCGGCCACAUACGAGAAUUCAAACGUUGUCAUUUUUGAGGGUGACUGGGCGUGGCUGAAGAGGCUACCUGACGGCAGAUUUCGGAGCAUCAACCCUAAAACCAGCUAUGUUUUUGAAUUGAUGAAAGACAUGCGUCACGAGAAUGUCAACCCUUUCCUGGGCUUCUUCCAUGACUGCGGCGUGUUUGCCAUCGUCACCGAGUUUUGCUCCAGAGGAAGCCUGGAGGACCUGCUGCUGAACGACGACGUCAAACUUGACUGGAUGUUUAAAUCGUCUCUGCUGCUGGACCUCAUUAAGGGUAUGAAGUACCUUCACCAUCGUGGAGUGUGUCACACCCGUCUGAAGUCUCGUAACUGUGUGGUGGACGGACGUUUUGUCCUCAAAGUGACAGACUACAGCUACAAUGAGGUUCUGGAGUCACAGCGGUUCCCCUUUGUUGAAUCGCGUCCAGAAGAGUUGCUGUGGACGGCUCCAGAGAUCCUGAGAGCCAGUCAUCCGGGACUCCACGGGACUCUCCCCGGUGACGUUUACAGCUUUGCUAUCAUAAUGCAGGAGGUGGUGAUCAGAGGGCCUCCAUUCUGCAUGCUGGACCUCUCCGACGCAGAAAUAUUAGAAAAGCUUCGAAAGCCUCCACCCCUGUGCCGUCCGGUGGUCAGUCCAGAUUACGCUCCUAUGGAGUGCAUUCAGCUGAUGAAACAAUGCUGGACCGAACAGCCGGACAAGAGGCCGACCUUUGAUGACAUAUUUGACCAGUUCAAAAACAUCAACAAAGGGAAAAAGACCAACAUCAUCGACUCAAUGCUGAGGAUGCUGGAGCAGUACUCUUCUAACCUGGAGGAGCUGAUCAGAGAGCGAACGGAGGAGCUGGAGAUAGAAAAGCAGAAGACGGAGAAGCUGCUGACACAGAUGCUUCCCCCGUCAGUGGCGGAGGCUUUGAUGGUGGGAGCGGUAGUGGAGCCGGAAUAUUUCGACAACGUGUCGCUCUAUUUCAGCGACAUCGUUGGCUUCACCACCAUCUCAGCCAACAGCGAACCCAUCGAGGUGGUCGACCUCCUCAACGACCUUUACACGCUGUUCGACGCCAUUAUAGGCAACCACGAUGUCUACAAGGUGGAGACCAUCGGCGACGCCUACAUGGUGGCGUCGGGCGUUCCUGUCCCCAACGGCAACCGCCAUGCUGCAGAAAUUGCCAACAUGUCUCUGGACAUCCUCAGCGCUGUGGGAACCUUCAAAAUGAGGCACAUGCCAGACGUACCUGUCAGAAUACGAAUAGGACUCCACACAGGUCCGUGCGUAACAGGCGUGGUGGGUCUCACCAUGCCUCGCUACUGUUUGUUUGGAGACACGGUGACCACCGCCUCUCGAAUGGAGUCCAGUGGAAUGCCCUACAGAAUUCAUGUCCAUCAGAGUACAGUAAAGGUCCUGCAGGAACUCAAUCUUGGCUACAAGCUUCAGUUGAGGGGUCGCACAGAAGUCAAAGGAAAAGGAAUAGAAGAAACAUACUGGCUUACGGGGAGAGAUGGAUUCACCAAACCUCUGCCGGUUCCUCCAGAACUUAAGUCAGGGUGCAGAUCUUUCGACGCUUCAAAGAUGUCAUUGGCGGAAAACAGGGACAUGAAGCAGGUGUUUCACAAGGCAGUAAAGAAGAUCGCUCACGUCCGCGUUGUGACGCAGCUUUACGUGCCCGAAGACGACCACAAUGUCAUGCUGACGCACCACUGAGUGACUGACUUUGUCUGGAGACAACUCAAGAGCAACGCCUCCAUAAAGCUGCAGUGACGAAGAACUCUGAAAUUGAGCGUCCAACUCGAGAGAGAGGAGGGUGGUAAAAGUGUUGGUUGGGGUUUACAGCAGCCAGAGCGUUUGAGUGAAUGUCUGUGGGCAGCGGCCCAAUAAUUGGGUAUGCACUACAUAGUGAUGCUGUGCUAAAGAGGAUGCCAAAGCGAAUGGAAAAAUGAUCUCUACACUGUGUUCCAAAUUAUUAUGCAAAUUGGAUUUAAGUGUCAUAAAGAGUAGAUUUUUUGUUGUGCAAUUGAAUUUAUAGAUGUUAUUGUGUGUCCGAGCUCUUUGAAUCACUAUAGUUAAUUUCAGAUUAGUUUGUCUGGUGAGCUCAAUUAAAAGAAAUCUACUUAAGAAGGAUGUUCCAUAUUAUUAAGCAGGCCACAGGUUUCAAGCAAUAUGGGAAAUAGAAAGGAUCUCUCUGCUGACAAAAAUCACCAGCUAGUGUAGAGCUGUAUGACAAGGUAUGAAAACAUUAGAUAUUUAAAGAAAGCUGAAGCGUUAUCGUACUGUGAAGAGAUUUGUGGCUGAUUCAGAACAAAGAUGGGUUUGUACAGAUGAAGGCAUAAUGAUGAAGGUUUCUCUUAGACAAAUUCAUAGGAUUAAGAGAGCAGAUGUUAAAAUGCCCUUACAAAGCAGCAAACAGUGAUUUGAAGCUUCUGGAGCCUCUGGAACCUCAAGAUGGAGGAUCCUCCAGAGGCUGGCGGUGCAUCAACCUGCUACUGGGCCCCUAACCAUCUUACAAGCAGAAACGAUUGCAGUAGGCCCAGCCGUACAUGAAGGUUAAUGUUCAAACAGACUUGUUCACUGAUGACUGCUGUGCAACCCUGGAUGGUCCAGAUGGACGCAGUAGUGGAUUGGUGGUGGAUGGCCACCACAUCCCAACACGGUUCAAAAAGAAGAUCUGAACCUUCAGUAGCAAAAUCAUCUUCAUGCACGACAAUGAAUGCUGCAAGGAUACCACUGUGUCACUGGCUGCUACGGGCAUAAAAGGGGAGAAACUCAUGGUGCGUCACCAUCCUCCUCUGACCUCUGACCCUAUUGAGAAUCUCUGGAUCCUCAAGCAGAAGAUCUGAGGGUGAAAUGCAGUUCAUAUCAAAACAGCAGCUCUGGGAAGGUUUUCUGACAUCUUGUAAAGAAAUUCGAGCAGAAACUUUCCACAAACUCACAAGAUCAAUAUGGAUGCAAGAAUCGUGCAGGUGAUGUCAUAGAAGGUCAUGUUAACAUGUAACUCUGUCUGUUAACAUGUUUUUGAUUGAAAUAGCUUUUUAUUUUAGUUCAUGUGAACACUUAAUGCUGCACAUUCAAAGAAUGACUGCAGUUCUUUAUAAUCCGUAACAUAUUUAGAAAAUCUGCUGUGCAUAAUAAUUUGGAGCAGUGCAUUUUGAGUAUUUUUUUUUUUAUUUUUUAAAAAAAUACUGUUGUCAUGGGGAGCUUUGUUCAGUAAAAUAUGAUUUAUACUGUAAUAGUUCAUGACUUGAAAAUUAUACUGACCAUCAUUUGCAUCAUCGACCAUUGAAGAAAAUCUGAGAAAAUAUCACUUGCAUAAUAAUUUGGAACACGGCGUAGUCGUCAUUAACGUUUCCGCCUACACCUUGGAAAGUGCAUGUUGGUGGCGCUGUCUGUGAGCAUCAGUGGCUUGAGCUGCAGAGAUGAAGCCUGAAUGGGGAACGCUCUACAAAGGCUGACAAGUGGUGAGUCGGCAAAGACGGGAUCUGCAGAAGGUCUUGGUCAGCAGCAGAGGAACGCGGCUAAUCUCUCUCUUUCGUCUCCCAUCACCUUGGCUCCUCUUCUGGAAGGACAUUUACUAGGAAGGAAAGCUCUUUGGUGCCCUGUCUUCUUCAAUGUACAAAUAAAUAAGUAAAACCCCAAAGGAUUUGGGCUUAAAUAGACGAGAACAGACACACAUAGGCAUUCAAGACCCAGACAAUGUUUACAGUCUUUUCUGUCAGUUAGUAAAAAUGUUCUAAUUGCUUGUUUUCAUUUGUACUAACAAAAAAAAAUCAUGAAGGAGAAUAAAACUCAAAAUAAAGGAAUAACAUCAACAGA